AUGGCGCCUAGGGUCCUUGUCCGCCUGUCAGGGCCUGCAGCACUUCUCAUCCUCUGCCUUCUCACCGACUGCGCUGCUGCCGGCGUGCUCACUCCACAGAAGGUACGACGAGUGCGGAAAGCAGGCACGCCCUGGCCGACACAAAUACACGUGGACGCAACCGUGAUGUCGUCGCCUUCUGCACAUUCUUCACCACUGCCAGCACCGGCGGCGGUACCGCCUCCAGCCAGUACCACCGUGCCGCAUCGUCUGCUCAGCGUGGUUCCAUGGCCUCGGCCGACCGAUGGCCCGGCUGCUACUGCUGCUGAUUUCGCUGGCACGGCUCUAAAUGAGCUUCUGCGUCGCGACUUAAACACCAUAUGCGGUUACAUUGGCGGCAAUCCCGACCUUCCUGCCACGUGCUCGGUUGGCAGUCAUUGUGUCCUCGACACGGAGCACAGUGCCGUAGGUUGCUGUCCAGAUAAUGCCGCGUCCUGCACGUCGGGCGUGUACACGGGGUGUUUGGAUGGCGACAGCAGCACACAGAACGAGGUGAAUCCAUACGUCUACACAUGCUCGGCUAGCAGUGUCUGCUACAAGAACGAGUUCAGCGGCGGCUACUAUCAGUAUGGCUGCGGCUCGGCCAGCGACAUGGGGACAACCGUGGCCAUGUCUGCUACCGGCAUGUCGUCGUUGCUCGACUUGAGCAGCCUGCAGGUCAGCUUCACAGAAACAAUACAGUCGUCGACGUCGGCGCCGUCAGCAUCGACAAAAGCAACAGCCCAUUCUUCAGCUUCUUCGGCUUCUUCAGCAUCUUCAUCAUACUCCUCCUCUUCGACUUCCCCAACGUCCCUUUCCACCCCAACUACUUCCUCCAAACUGCCAAACAGUAGCGACCGUGAUCGAGCAGGUAUCAUCAUUGGCGCUACCAUCAGCAGUGUGGCUGGUCUGAUAGCUAUCCUUGCUCUCCUGGUCUUCUGUUUCUGGAAGCGUCGGGGGGGUAGCCGCCGCAAAGGUCAAAAUUUGAGACACAGUCCCGCAUCGGGCAAUUUCCAGGCUCUGCAUGGCACUGCCGAGGAUUUUGAGACGGGCUUGCGGCCCGAGAUGGCCCAGGCAGAACCGCUGACGCCGAAGCGGCGGACAAGUUACGGUCGAUGGCCAUUUUCCGAAGAUGUAGAUGAAGACGAAGCCUGGGUGACGCCUGCCAUCGGACCAGCAGCGGCGGCAGCAAUCGCGGCGGCGGCAGCAAAGCACGGCAGAGGAGCCGGAGCAUCGGAACCGAGGCAGCGUCCUGAGAGCAGUUAUCGCGGCGUAAAAACAUCCGCAGCCAGCACUCCUAGACCUAAGGCACCGGCGACCUCGCCACCCAUGACCGGCAUGCCGACACCGCCGCCAGCAGCGGCGUACUUUCAGAUGUCACCGUACGGCGGUGUUGUGCAUGAAUCAGAAGAACAGCUGCCGCUGACGUACGACCGCACGGACUUUACUACGCGGAGCGGACAACAGGCAACGCUGAGCCGGAUCGGUGAAGAGAGCGACGAUAGUAUCAACGGUAGUGGUGGUGGUGGUGACGGUAACGGUGACAUAAACGGAGAUAUCAACACCAGGAGCGGAGGCAGCCGCACAAACAGAGCAAGGAAGCUGAGCUUCGACGACGACCCUGAGGAGCUGCAGGUGAAGAGUAGAAUACGUGGUGGAGGCGAAUCCGGCACGAACAGUACAGGAAGCGGCGUAGGUGCAAUCUCGACGGCAGGAAACCCGACGGUGGACCUGGACGGCGGCCUCACGAAAGGAGACAGCGGGCUCGCAGAGAUGCCCGGCACGCCGAUAAUACGGGCGGAUGAACACGGUGGGGGAUGUCCCCUGCUCUGUUUUGCAUACGACAAUGGUGGAGAGCAGGCGAUGCGGCAGUCGCAAUUUUCACCACUUUCUAGCACGUUCUACGACUGCACGCGGGAAGAUUACGUUCACAGCAAAAGUGGAAGAACAAAGAACAUCUGGGAUGCCUGGGACGGGACAGGACGACGCAUGGCUGCGAUGUUCUUGGGUAUAAGAGGGGCCAUCUCGCUGCCGUCUCUGCUGCAGGUCGUCGGGUCCAAGAAGUAA